GUUCGAAGGAGGCAGCCGGCGAAUGCGUUUCACCUCCGCUUGAGAUCCGGUAGAAAAGAGUUACCAAUACGGCCCCGAAGCGUGCGUUGUCUUAUCGAGUAACCAAUUGGCUGGCCCAGCGAUCACAGUAGGUUGCACAACGCUAGGAAUAGCGAGUCGGAAUCGAAUAUAAAUAUAUAUACUAUAUAUCCCAGGAACUACAAGAAAACCUCGCACCAAAAUGGGCAUGGGCACUGGGUUCUCGAAGUGCUUCAUACUCUUCAUGGCAAUUGUGAUACUGGCUCAGGGCAUUGUAUAUCUGGGCUUGUCCAUCUGGGGAAUCACCUUCCGCACCUGCCAUGAUGCCACCAAUUUCGUCGAUAAUCCUUUCAAGUUUGCCAUGGAGUUGAUUUACUUUGCAGAGAAAGAAUGCGGUCUUCCCGCCUUAGUGGUUCAGGGCCAGGAUUUCCAACUGAGCAUGGGAAACUGGGAAAAGUCCUUUGAGAUCACCAAUCGGGAGUAUAUCUUUAUGAUUACCUAUGCGGUGGUCAGCGGCCUAUGGAUAGCCACCUCUGUCUUGAUAAUCACAACUCUGUGCAAUCGUACCACCAAGCUCAUCUCUGGUGUUGUCUACUGGCCCUGGUUCCUGUCCGUGCUGGCCGGCUGCAUCCUCGAUGUGGUGGCCUCUGUGUAUCAUGGAAUUGACUUAAGCCAUACUAUGUCCCUGGAAGAAACACUCAGCUAUAUUGGAGGAACGGCCGAUACCGAAAACAAUUUCUGGAGCCUAUUGGAGCCAUUCGGUGUCUACUUCUCGACGCCUGCCAUUGUGAUGCUUUGCCUGACGACCCGCGUGGCCAUCAUUUGGCUUCUAAACCUUAUUGGUGCCAGCUUCUGCCUGUCGCUGUCCGGAAUUAUGGCUUCACAGAAUGCUGCCAAGACCAAGGCCAAGGUUGUUACCGGAAGUCAGGCUCCCACACGGCAACAGACACCUCAGCCGGCGGUGGUUGCGGCACCACAGCCCGUGAUGAUGGCUGAGGUGGAGACCGUGGUGCUGCCUUCGGCACCGCCAGAGACCCAGUAUCCCGAGCAGAUCCGGCCCAAGCCGUUGCCCAUUUUUAUACCGGCAGAGCAGAACCUGCAGCGACAGGAUUCGCGGCAAUAUGCACCCGGAGAUCGCACCACGCUGCAGUCGCCGGUGAUGGUGCUGCCACCUCAGGUGCCCCAGCAGCAGCGGGAUGUGGUCUCCCAGCAGCCGGAUAUCAACACCUACCGCACCACCGAGGCUCAUCCCGAUCGCCUUAACUAUCCCCCGUCGGAGCCAGCCACGCCGCGUUCGCCUUCGCCGGCUGUCCAGCAACUGGCGGUCACCUCGCCACUGAACAAUCGCUAUAGCGAGAUGUAUCCAGCGCCGGUCAAUCCCCGUGUGAGCGAGGAGCUGCGCAACCAGAUGCCUUGGUCGUACACCAGCAUGAUUACGAAACCGCCGCCGCCGCCACGCAAGCCCCAGCUGCAGGUGCAGAUCUAUCCCCAGAUCCCGGAGCCCGACUAUGCGGAUCACUAGAGAGGAGGCAAUGGUGUGCAGGAGGACGAGGAGGAGCAGCUCGACGCUGAUUGCGGGUUAAUCAGCACCUGGAAGCGUGGUUGUGACAAUGUUUUGUGUUAUUGUUAACUUUAUUGCAUAAAGCUAAAGCUGAUGGCCAA